AUGUCCGCAAUCGAGGUGACCGCCGACGCCGCUUCCACCUGGGACUGGCCCCUCCAGCACAACGACGGAGUCGUCAAGGUUUGCUCGGCUCCUCGAAAGCUCAGACACUUACACUUCUCCCCCCGUUCAGGUUCACAACACCAAGGAAAAGUUCGAGGUCGGACUCGACGUUCAGUUCUUCACCCCAAAAGAGAUUGAGGUCAAGGUUUCCGGACAGGAGCUCCUUAUCCACUGCCGUCACGAGACCCGCAACGACUCGCACGGAUCCGUCGCCCGCGAGAUCAACCGCGCCUACAAGCUUCCGGACGACGUCGACGUCGCCACCGUCAAGUCGCACCUCGGAACUCGCGGAGUGCUCACCAUCACCGCUUCCAAGAAGGCUUAA